AUGUCAUAUCCACAAUUUGGAUAUCCCUAUUCGUCUGCUCCACAAUUCCUGAUGACAACCAACUCUCUGACCACUUGCUGCGAGUCCACCGGCAGAUCCAUAGCGGACUCCGGCGUAGCGGCGUCCGGUCAGACACCCGUCUACUGCCCCGUGUACGAGAGCCGGCUGCUGGCCACGGCGAGGCACGAGCUCAGCUCGGCCGCGGCUCUGGGAGUGUACGGGAGCCCCUACACCGGCGGCCAAGGCUAUGGGAAUUACGUUACAUACGGCACGGAUGCCUCGGCUUUCUACUCGCUGGGCACAUUUGAUACUAAAGAUGCCACAGCCUCUGCGCAUGCGGGAAUAACCCAGGCAGCAGCCUACUAUCCCUAUGAUCCUACCUUGGGACAGUAUCAGUAUGACAGAUAUGGGUCCAUGGAUGGUGGGACGAGGCGGAAGAAUGCCACACGUGAGACGACCAGCACGCUGAAGGCCUGGCUGCAAGAACACAGGAAGAACCCGUAUCCAACCAAAGGGGAGAAGAUCAUGCUGGCCAUCAUCACCAAGAUGACCCUGACGCAGGUCUCCACAUGGUUCGCCAACGCCAGGAGGAGGCUGAAGAAGGAGAACAAGAUGACCUGGCCACCCAGAAACAAAGGAUCGGAUGAGAAGAGAUAUGACGAGGAUGAGGAUGGGUCUCAGGAGGAGCAGAUAAAAAGCGAGAACAAUGAGGAUGAGAACCGAAGCCGGGCUGAUAAGGACCUGCAGCUGAGCGACUUGGACGAUUUCGAUACGCUGGAGUCGGAGAGCUCGGAGUGUGAGCUGAAGCACCGAUAUCACAUGAACACACACAUGUCGACGACGUCCGAUUGCCCCGCCGACCACCUCAUCAAGGACACGUCUCUGAAAAUCUCCAUCCCCGUUUCUCUCGGAGGGGAGCAGGACUUGGGCAAAAGUUGUCUCAAAAGCCCGGAUGAGUUCCAGCAGGACAGCAGACAGCAGGCGAAGGCGUGUUAUAAUCCGCAACAGCAGCAGCAACAGCAACAACAGCAACAACAAGGGCACCAGAUAUUAGAUGGAAAACCCCGGAUCUGGUCUUUGGCACAGACUGCCACGUCCCUGAACCAGACUGAGUUCCCGUCUUGUAUGCUGAGGUGCCAGCCGCCGCCCUCCUCCCUCACCCCGUCCCCCGCCGCUACCUCACCCGUGGCCGGCCUGGACAACAGGCAGGACUCGCCGGUCACUACCCUGAGAAACUGGGUGGACGGGGUUUUCCACGACCCCUUGUUCAGGCACAGCACUUUGAACCAGGCUCUGACCAACACCACCGUCUCUUGGACCACGGCCACCAAAGGCACCAUUCUGGAGACUGAGAGGAGCACGGCGGCCUUGCAGCAGCACCAAGACUCCCCCAAAGACAGUGCCAUGACCUUCCCAAAAACUAUCAACAAACUUUUCUGCUCCUAACAAAACCAAAUAUCCCUUUUAUUGCAAAAAGAAAGAGACUUUUGAGAUUGACUGAGAGUGGGAUGGCAUUCAAGUUCGAAAAGCAUCCAGCAUCUCCACGUUUCCCCAAUUUUGUUUUAUUCUUUUUUUUUUUUUUUUUUUUUUUUUCAAAGCAAUGAUAUAUUUAUGUACUGUUACAUUGGCGUUUCACAAGUGAAAUAUCCGGAUUCGUUUGGCUUAUUCGUUUCAACGCACGCACAAAACUAUCUAAAUGUAUAACUAAAAGUUUACAUCUUGGAAGGGAAAAAAAGGUUUACAGAAUUUUGGUAUUUUUGUUUCUUUAAAAUGCGCAUGCAAAUGUAAUUGAAUAUAAUUUAGGUCUCAGUCGAUGAGUAUCACUAUUGAAAGAAAAAAAAAUCUCACAAAUGCACAGCUCUCCUAGAAAUUGAAUGAGAGCGUUUCAACUUUGUUCACUGAAAAUAAAAGAAAAAGCUCGGUUUCUGAA